AUGGCCUACGUUGCUAUUCCAAGCCUUUACUUGCCGGGUUCCCAAAGCAACUAUAACAUAUCUAAUUCUUCCUAUAAAUAUCGUCAACGAAGACCUUAUCAUAAAGGCACGAGUUUUUACCGUACUUAUGAAUACCCCCUGGGAUCAUUGGAGAAUUUUUCAUCAGCUCUUAAGAACUACGAAAACUCCUAUAAAGAGUCCCGAGUCAGGUUGGGUAGUGAUUGGCAAAGACCUGCCCGAUCUCCACGGAGGUUCUCCCACUCUGUUGACACCGCUCCAUUAAUCUCGCAUCAACGCAAUUAUUCAAAUUUGAAUGACUUUAAUUCCUCAAAAUACACUCUUCAAUCAUCCUUUAACAAACGAACGAACUCGCAGCCCGACGUUCAGCAGUCGGUUCGUCUGACUCAGUUGAAGACUUCAAACAAUGAUCAAUAUCGACUUCCAACCUAUAAUGCUUUAAAAAAUUACAAUUUUACGAGAAGCACUUCGUUAUUGCGUAAAUACUCACCCAAACGAGAGUCCUCUCUCUACUCUGACCGAUCAUACAAUUUUCGGAAUACGAAGUCAUUUAGAAAUACCUCCGAAGGUCCUCUGAUUUCAAAAGAACUGCAAAAUGAAACAAAUGGCUUUCAUGGCUCACUCGUUGACAGUACCAGUAAUAGUUCCUCCAAGCACGCUCUUGGUGAAUUUUCUCGCAAUGACGAACUUCAUAAGGGUGAUGUGCUCAAAAGUCGAUAUCAGAUUGUACAGGAAAUUGGCCGUGGAAGCUUUGGGAAUGUCUACAAAGUUAUUGACACGGAGACUGGCAAAUUGUGUGCAAUAAAAUGUAUUAAACACAUAUCUAACUUCAGAAAACUGGCUGAGGAGGAGAUUUCCAUCUUGGAAAUGCUGUCAAGUGAAGACACCAAUGAUUCGUUUAAUUUCCUACAUUUAAAUGAUCAUUUUACUACCUCUGACCACACUUACAUGGUUUUUGACUUACUCAGCAUCAACCUCUUUCAGCUCAUUCAUCGAAAUAAUUAUCGUGGUUUUGCCCCGAAGCUGGUUAAAAAAUUUGUUCGAUGUAUUCUCAAUUGUCUUCAAUUUCUCCACAAGAAUAAAAUAAGUCACUGCGACUUGAAACCGGAGAAUAUACUACUGGAAUGGCCGGGUUACACGAAUGUGAAAGUCAUCGACUUCGGAUCAAGCUGCCGAGUAGGGCAGAAUAUUUAUGUCUACAUUCAGUCGCGAUUUUACCGCGCUCCUGAAGUCAUAUUCGGAUGCGAAUAUGAUACCGCGAUCGAUAUGUGGAGUCUCGGUUGCAUUGCAGUCGAGCUGCUUACCGGUUCACCGGUUUUUCCGGGAGAGGAUGAACAGGAUCAGAUAGCUUGUAUCAUGGAGGUUCUCGGUCUCCCACCAUCCAGCGUCAUGCGUAAAAUUCGCCGACCGCAUCACUUCUUCACUGACGAAGGAGAGCCGCGAUAUCUCGUGGAGGGAAGAGAGAAAAUGGCAAAUAAGUGGAAGUUUCCGUUCCAGCUCUAUAACAGAUCAAAUCGGAUGAAUAGAGCGGAUCCGGGUGUUCUGACACUGAAGGCACUUCUACAGAAUUCCAUGGGUGAGGAGGGACUGGAUCCCCCACUGAUUGAUUUCUUGUCUCGGUGUCUGUGUUGGGAUCCCCAAGAACGAAUAACGGCUCGUGAAGCACUCCAACACCCGUGGAUCUGCGCAAAUGAGAUCUCCGAUUUGGAUAAUGGUUCUGCUUUGAAAAACGGUGCUUCCACCACAUCUUCCGAUGAAUGGUAG